GCAAUUCAAAUGAGUAUCUCCGGAAUAGUGGCUUCGAAUACGCCAUUUGCUUUCUGCCUCCACUUGUGCUGAACUUCGAACUGCCACCAGAUUAUCCAUCCACCUCCCCACCUUCAUUCACACUUAGUGGCAAAUGGCUGUCACCAACUCAGCUAUCUGCUCUGUGCAGGCACUUAGACCGCCUGUGGGAAGAGCACCGUGGCAGUGUGGUCUUGUUUGCCUGGAUGCAGUUUCUUAAGGAAGAGACUCUAGCGUACCUGAAUAUUGUCUCUCCUUUUGAGCUCAAGAUGGGUUCUCAGAAAAAAGUACAGAGAAACACAGCUCAAGCCUCUCCCACCACAGAGCUAGAUUUUGGAGGAGCUGCUGGAUCUGAUGUAGAUGAAGAGGAGGUUGUGGACGAGAGAGCUGUGCAGGAUGUGGCAUCAUUGUCAAGUCUGAUCCGGGAAAUCUUGGACUUUGAUCAAGCUCAGCAGAUAAAAUCACCGAGGUACUAA